AUGCAGAUCACCAGUGUUAUGCUCAGCCUUGCCAGUCUCGGCCUGAACGUUCUUCCUGUUCAGGCCGGGCCUAUUCCUGGCGCUGAAGCUGCUCUGGCGGCGCGCCACGUCUACUCUCCCGACGUUGACGAAGCUCCCGUUGAGAAGCGCCACGUCUAUGGUGUCGACAAAGACGAGACUGUCGAGAAGCGCCACGUCUACUCUCCCGAUGUAGACGAAGCCACCGUUGCCAAGCGCCACGUCUACUCCGUCGAUAAGGAUGAGGUUGAAAAGCGUCACGUCUACUCCCCGGACGUUGACGAGACCCUCAACAAGCGUCACGUCUACUCUGUCGAUAAGGACGAGACCCCCGUUGCCAAGCGCCACGUCUACUCCGUCGAUAAGGAUGAGGUUGAAAAGCGUCACGUCUACUCCCCUGAUGUCGACGAGACCCUCAACAAGCGCCAUGUCUACUCCGUCGAUAAGGACGAGGUUGAGAAGCGUCACGUCUACUCUGUUGACAAGGACGAGACCCCCGUCGCUAAGCGCCACGUCUACUCCGUCGAUAAGGAUGAGGUUGAAAAGCGUCACGUCUACUCCCCUGAUGUCGACGAGACCCUCAACAAGCGCCAUGUCUACUCCGUCGACAAGGACGAGGUCGAGAAGCGCCACGUCUACUCCCCUGAUGUUGACGAGACUCUGAACAAGCGUCAUGUGUACUCUGUUGACAAGGAUGAGGUCGAGAAGCGUCACGUCUACUCCCCUGAUGUCGACGAGACCCUCAACAAGCGCCAUGUCUACUCCGUCGACAAGGACGAGGUUGAGAAGCGCCACGUCUACUCCCCUGAUGUUGACGAGACUCUGAACAAGCGUCAUGUGUACUCUGUUGACAAGGAUGAGGUCGAGAAGCGUCACGUCUACUCUCCUGAUGUCGAUGAGACCCCCGUCGCUAAGCGCCACGUCUACUCCGUCGACAAGGACGAGGUUGAGAAGCGUCACGUCUACUCUCCUGAUGUCGAUGAGACCCCCGUCGCUAAGCGCCACGUCUACUCCGUCGACAAGGACGAGGUUGAAAAGCGUCACGUCUACUCCGUCGACAAGGAUGAGACUUCCGCCUAA